CAGCAGAUCCUGAGCAGCUGGAGAGUGAAAGUGAAAGUGCAGGGGCUGCUGUGUGACAGCUGUGGGGGCCACUACUGGAGUCUUCAUCUAUUCCCCAUGCUGUGUACAGCCUGAAGACCACCGCGUACAGGGCCUGCAGUCAGUGGCCCCUUCAGGUUCCAGUUUUAUAACGUCAUUAACAUAUGGUAGGGAAAGCGUCCAUAAAGGUGAAGGUAACACAUUACAAUGACUCUUCUGUUUCGUCCUGGAUCUUUAUGCUUCUUAUGGACAUUUUGCACUGUGGCUAAUGUAGCUGAGAAUUUAGACAAUUCGAAGGAAGCCUUCCCCUGGAAAGACCUCAGAUUACCAAAACAUGUCAUCCCUUUGCACUAUGACCUCUCCAUACACCCGAAUUUAACCACGCUCACGUUUGCUGGCCUUGCCAAAAUUACAGUUCUUGUAAUAGAGCAGACUCAUUCUGUCAUUCUACAUGGCAAGAACCUGGUCAUAACCAAGACAAGUGUGGAAAGACUAAAGGGGAGCAGGCUCGUACAACAAGAUUUACACCUUCUGGAGAGUCCUGCAAGUGAACAGAUUGCACUUCAAGCUGAUGAUCCAUUGAGCCCUGGAGAAAACUAUACUCUUCAUAUUACUUACAGCGCCAACCUAUCUGACAGCUUCCAUGGGUUUUAUAAAGGCUCCUACAGGGCCCCAGAUGGAGAGAUCAGGGUGCUUGCAUCAACCCAGUUUGAGCCUACAGCAGCACGUAUGGCCUUCCCAUGUUUCGAUGAGCCCGCCUAUAAAGCCAGUUUUUCUAUAAAAAUACGAAGGGAAGCAAAACACAGUGCUGUGUCCAAUAUGCCCAUCGUAAAGACUCUACAUGUGGCCGAUGGGCUUUUAGAAGACCACUUUGAUGUCACGGUGAAGAUGAGCACCUAUCUUGUGGCUUUUAUUGUUUCAGACUUCAAAUCAAUCAGUCAGAUCACAAACCAUGGAGUCAAGAUAUCUGUCUAUACUGUUCCACACAAGAUAGAUCAGGCUGUGUACGCCUUACAAGCAGCAGUAAAACUUCUGGACUUUUAUGAGGAAUAUUUCCGUAUACCAUACCCUUUGCCAAAACAAGAUCUUGCGGCAAUUCCUGACUUUCAGUCUGGUGCGAUGGAAAACUGGGGGCUAACGACUUAUAGGGAGUCCGCAUUGUUAUAUGAUCCCAAGACAUCUACGGCCUCCAAUAAACUUUGGAUUACAAUGGUCAUUGCUCAUGAGCUGGCUCACCAGUGGUUUGGAAACCUGGUGACGAUGGAGUGGUGGAAUGAUCUGUGGCUGAAUGAAGGAUUUGCGAAGUUCAUGGAGUAUAUUUCUGUCAACAUUACUUAUCCAGAGCUGCAAGUUGAUGACAAAUUUCUAGACAAAUGUUUUAGUGCCAUGGAAGUAGACUCGUUAAACUCUUCCCAUGCAGUGUCCACCCCUGUGGAGAAUCCUGAACAGAUACUAGAGAUGUUUGAUGAGGUCUCCUAUGAUAAGGGUGCUUGCAUUUUGAACAUGUUGCAGGACUACAUGGGUUCAGAAAGUUUUGAAGCCGGUAUUAUACAUUACUUACGACGUUUUAGCUAUCGCAAUGCAAAGAAUGAAGACCUGUGGGACAGCAUGACAGAUAUCUGUCCUUCAGAAGACAGCGCCAGUGGUAACAAUGAGAAAAGAGGAUUCUGCAGAAAAGGGCAAGAAAAAUCUCACUGGACAGAAGAUAGUAUCAUUGAUGUAAGGGCUAUGAUGAAUACAUGGACACUACAGAAAGGUUUUCCAUUAGUUACUGUGACAGUAAAAGGAAAGUACAUCCACGUACACCAAGAGCAUUAUCAGAAAGGUGCUAGAGAUGCUGAAUCUGCAGGGUUGUUAUGGCAUAUUCCAUUGACCUACAUCACCAAUAAAUCAAAUGCAGUUCAAAGAUUUUUGCUAAAAACUAAGAAAGAUAUGCUGGUCCUGUCUGAAGAAGUUGAAUGGAUCAAGUUCAAUGUGGGAAUGAAUGGCUACUACAUUGUCCAUUAUGAAGAUGAAGGCUGGGAUGCUAUGAUAAAACUUUUGAAGGAGAAUCACACUGCAAUUAGCAGCAAUGACCGGGCCAAUCUCAUUAACAAUGCAUUCCAACUUGUGAGCAUUGGUCGCCUACCGAUUGACAAAGCUCUCAGCUUAACAAUGUACCUGAAGAAGGAAGAUCGGAUCAUGCCAGUUUUUCAAGGAAUGGAUGAACUGAUCCCUAUAUACAAACUAAUGGAAAAGCGCGACAUGAAGGAGGUGGAAGAUCAGAUGAAAGCUUAUAUUUUAAAGCUUCUCCGCCACCUGAUAGAUGCCCAGUCAUGGACAGAUGAUGGCACAGUGUCUGAGAGGAUGCUCCGCAGUUCUUUGCUUCUGUUCGCUUGUUUCCGGAAAUACCAGCCAUGUAUCGAGAAGGCCCAGGAAUACUUUAACAACUGGAAGGAAUCCAAUGGUUCAUUAAGCUUGCCACGUGAUGUCGUCUUUGCUGUUUAUGCUGUAGGAGCUCAGACAUCUGAAGGUUGGGACUAUUUGUUUGAGCAAUAUAAGACUGCUGACACUGGUGAAAUGCACCUCAUUGAAUAUGCAUUGACUAUGACUCAGAAUCAGGACAAGCUGCAGUGGCUCAUGGAUGCGGCUUUGAAAGGAGAUCUUAUAAAAACUCAAGAACUACCACACAUUGUUGUCUCUGUGAGCAGGAACCAAGUUGGUCACCUCUUGGCUUGGCAUUUUUUGAAGACUAAUUGGCAUCAACUCAUUCAAAAGUUUGAGUUGGGAUCACGUACAAUUGGUGACAUGGUUGUUGGUGUGACAAAACUGUUUUCUACAAGGGAGUGGCUGGAAGAGGCAAUGCAGUUCUUAGAAUCAUUGAAAGAAAAUGGUUCCCAGCUACGUUGUGUUCAACAAGCAAGGGAGACUAUAGAAGAAAACAUUCGAUGGAUGGAUAAAAACUUUGACAUUGUUAAAACCUGGCUAGAAAAUAACAGUCUAUAGAUCUGGUGCCCACUCUUUGUGAGCCUAUGUGAACUUAAUUCUGUUCCAUGCCUUAUGAUGACCUGAUAAAUAUCCCUGGUAGGCAUAAAAGCAGCCUUUUUAAGCCUCUAUGUUGACAGCACGUGUUGGUCAUGUCAUUCAGAAAUCCUUAGCUGAAUGUGUCCAAUAUGAUCCCUUUUACCGUCAUGUUGUUUCUAGGUGCAAAAUCCUGUGCUUGCUAAUUUAUAUCUAUAGGAGUUGGAUCCCCGUUUUUCUGUUACAGAACUCCAAAUCCACUGCAUAGACAUACACUGUAGAUUUAAGACUGUAUUCUUGCUGCCUCCAUACGGUUAUCCAUUGACCUCCAUAAUAACACAGUGGCGGUUUGCUGGUAGCCAACAUGUUAGGGAAGGUUGUAGAUGACAAAACCUUAGACAGACUGUCUAGACUCGUACUAGAUUCAUCACAGUGGCUCGGGCUGCAGGGAUAGACACUUUUGUGUAACUCUAUGUCAAUUAUUCGUUGGCAUAUCUGCUAUAUUUCAUAAGCCAUAUCCCCUUGUAUGGUAAAUCUUCUAUGCUGUCCGCAUAGAGAUCCUGUCCAUAAGGCCUCAUGCACACGACCGUGGUGUGUUUUGCGGUCCGCAAA